CUCCUGCAGAGUGCAGACACACCAUCGUAAACUCUGCAGCUCUCCUCAUCACCUGCAGGUUCACCUCCACCUCCAACUCUCACCAUGUCCGUCUCUGUCAGCCGCCAGAACAGCUACAGCGCCCGCAGCAUCUCCAGCGCCAGCGUCAUGAACCAGAUCGGAGGGAUGCAGCUCAUGGGUUCCGGACAGACCCGCAUGUCCGCCGGACAGACCCGCAUGUUCGCCGGACAGACCAGCAUGUCCGGCGGACAGACCAGCAUGUCCGGCGGACAGACCAGCAUGUCCUCCGGCCUCUUCCGCGCGCACAGCGUGCAAGGGGGCGCAGGGGGCUUUGGGACCCGCAUCUCCCAGUCAGUCUUCUCGUCCGGGUCCAUGGGCUCGUAUGGAGAGACCUCAGUGAUCAGCAAUGAAAAGGUGACCAUGCAGAACCUCAACGACCGCCUGGCCUCCUACCUGCAGAAGGUACGCACUCUUGAGUCAGCUAACAGGAAGCUGGAGCUGCAGAUCAGAGAGUACCUUGACAAGAGAGUGCCUACAGUUUCCAAAGACUUCACCAUCUUCUUCACUAACAUCAGUGAUCUCCGAGUUCAGAUCCUGAAGAGGUAUUUAGAGAAUCAGAGUAUCAGCCUGCAGGCCGACAAUGCUAGACUGGCUGCAGAAGACUUUAACAUGAAGUAUGAAGCAGAGUUGAACAUGCGUAGUCUGGUGGAGGCAGAUGUUGCCCGUCUCCGAGGCGUCCGGGACAGCUUAACUCUGUCCAUCAGUGACCUGGAGGUGUAUGUUGAAAAUCUCAAAGCGGAGCUGGUGUACUUUAAGAGUAACCAUGAGGAGGAGAUGCGUCAGCUGAGGAUCCAGCAGAGUGGCACAGUGAACGUAGAGGUGGACAGUGCAGCCUCUGUUGAUCUGACAAAGGUCCUGGAGGAGGUGAGGGUGCAGUAUGAAGCUCUCGUGCUGAGGAACAACCUGGAGCUCGAGAAAUGGUUCAAAGCGAAGAUGGAAAUUAUCCAGAAGGAAAUCUAUACAUGUACCACUGAGGUGAAGACGUUUAGCACUGAGCUGUCAGAGCUGAGGAGGACCUACCAGAGUUUGGAGAUCAGUCGUCAGAGCGUCCUCAAAGAGUUUGAGUGCCACCAGCAGAACCUGCAAGAAGUGAAAAGUCGAUUCAGCAUCCAGCUCAGCCAGCUGCAGAUGAGCAUCAACAUGCUGGAGACGGAGCUGCAGCAGCUCAGAGUCUCUCUGGAGCAGCAGCAAGUCGAGUACAACGUGCUGCUGGACAUCAAGAUGAGGCUGGAGAUGGAGAUCGCCGAGUACAGGAGGCUGCUGGAGGGAGAGGUGUACGAGAGGAAACAGGCGGUGAUCAUCAGGGAGGUGGAGGUAGUGGAAGAGCAUAAACCCCACAUCGAGAGAAGGGUGAAGACCAUCGAGGAGGUGAUAAUCGAUGGAAAGGUGGUGUCCACCAAUGUUGACACCACAGUAGAGGAUGUAAAGUAACACCUCUGCUGUUACUUCACUUACACUCAAUGAUGAUUGAUUUGAAUCCUGCCAAAUGAGUGUUUUUCUCCAGUCAGCUUUAAAAUUGUUCUCUAUAGUUUGCUGCAAAAUCAGAAUAUUUUUUCCGACAGCACUUUCUUAAGAGGGGUUUCCUGAACUUGAAAUUGUAAUUUUCUUCCACUUUCAUUGAUAUAAGAUGGUUCAUGAGGGUGAUAAACAGAGUGAGAAUCCGUCAAACAAAUUUAUCAUGAGUCCAAAAUUUGAUUAAAAGCCAGUAAGCAAUAAUGAGAUGCGUGUUUUUUU